CCGCAAUUAUGAAAUGGCGACUAGCGGUGAUAUAUCGAUGAUCUCACCACCAUCGUCUUCCAUUUCGAACGGCCAGGAUCCAUUCGGACAAUUGCCGCCGCUGCCACCGCCACUGCGUUCAACACAAGUGCUUCAACCGCUAACGGUUUUUCCAGUGUCCAAUUUGAGCGAAGACUCUUACGAUUAUGUUUUUGGUGGUCGACGUAAGACCCCGCCUGCAACAAGAACAACAACUACACUCAAGCUGACCUCACCGCCAGUACGCCUGCGACCAGAAGACGCACACCAUCGUGGUGGCAACGUAAAUAAUGGUGGCCGCUUUUAUCGUCAUUCCUUCAGUUACGCGCCAAAACGCACCCGACACGGCAACAACAGCGAACGCAAUGAAAAUCGUGAAUCACGACUGAGAUGUCAUGGCGAAGACGAAGCAACACUGCGCCAACUGCUUCUCGAUUUGCAAAAGCAAGUUAGCGUGAUGAGCAUGAAUUUAUCAGCCAAACUGGAUGAGCUUCAGAGAGGCGAUCGACACUUGGAGACGACAGUCGCCUUGUGUGAAAUACGUACACAGCUGCAGGAGCUAACCAAAUCCGUGGAGAGCUGUCAAAGCGAAGUGUCCGAGGUGAAACGCGACAUGGUGGCGAUCAAGCACGAACUAGACACCGUGCAACAAGUCAAAGAGGAAAUCGAAGAGCUGCGCGAAUACGUCGACAGACUGGAGGAGCACACACACAGACGGAAGCUAAGACUUUUAGAACAAGUUUGUAGCUUAAAUUAUUUGCCAUGUUGUGUAAUUAAUACUUGAAUUUCAUUUAUAUUCAUGUACAACAAUAUGUAAAAUCUCAUUAUGCGUGCAAAUCAGCCAAAUUCAAAACUUUAUAAAACAACAAAAAAAACCCCCAAAAAGCCAUAUACAAUCGGUUCUCAUAUCGGUACACGAAUUACAUACACUUGCUUAUUACUUUUACAGUAUGACAACAAAGUUGAGCGCAUAAUGUCAUUUAUCA